AAUGCAAUAAAAAUCGUUUUGAAAUGAAACAUUAUCUUUCUAGCAGCAGAUGGCAACAGUGUAUUUCUGACUUUGUUUACAUCAUAUGUUUUGAACUUCGCAAUACGAUCCCCGAGAUUCGAGUGCUUGAUUGUGCACCGUGCAAUUAUGGGAAUAUUGAAGAGAGCGAUGAGUGAUAUGUUUAGUAAUCAAUCUGCAGAAAUGUAAUGCUUAUUGCUGAUAUAUGGCUGGUAGAAUUUAUGUGGACAAAAUGGGUGAUAUGAUUAAUGACGAACAAAUUGUUAUGACUCCUACGAAACGGAGUAAAGAUCAUACUACGGUAACGAUGGAAAGGUUGAAAGCAUCUGAUAUGGACCAAAAUAAUAUUAUACAUAUUGGUGGAGGUGAUCACAAAGGCAUUGUAAUAUAUAAAGAACCAGGAGCUGAUAAAGGAAUCAGUAAACCUCCUGAGCUGGUUCUGGGGUUUAAGGUCAUGCUGAGAAGUUCUUCAUGCAAUAAACAUGUUCAGGAGAAUUGGCAACUAAAAUUCUGGUUCAAAAAUGCUCAUGAUCAUCAAAAAAUUGACAGUGCAGAAGCUUUUCUCACAGAAUUGGUAUCAUCUGGAGAAUGUCCAAAAGAUUAUGUUGGAUUCAUUAAAAAAACAAUGAAAUUAAUGCAAAUAAAAUAUCCAUGUGUGCAGAAAGUUGAGGUUGAAAUGAAAAAGCAAGAAGAGGGGAAGCCACCAUCACCUGCUCCAGCUAUUUCCACUGAAGUUAAAACUAAUGAUUCAAAACUUACUGUAAUACAAGAGAGGCUCUUAGAUGUUGUUGAAGCAGUUUAUCCCAAUUCAUUAUCAGUGUCAGCAAUUGCAAAGUCUUCCAGUAUUUCUGAUGAAGAAGCUCAAGAACAUCUUAUUACUUUGCAAGCAAGAGGUUUAGUUAAAUGUCUGAGCAAUGGAAACUACAUGAGAACAACAAAAAAUGAUACUGGAGAUGAAUUUCCUGAGUUGCUCAAAAAUAUUAGAUUACAGCUGAGAGAUAUUUCAAAUACUGAAUAUGGGCAAGAUGUGAAAAUGGUAAAACAGAUGCCCAUGGUUGCACAAUCAAAGCAACCCAUAAUUGCCAUUAUAACUGCUCAAUAUUGUGAAAAGUUAGCUGUGGAUGCUAUGAUUGAUAAUAAAGAAACAUUUGUUAAAUUUAAAACUGAGGGGGAAUCAAAUGUUUAUACUCUUGGAACAGUGGGUCCUCAUAGAGUAGUUUCCACAAAAUUACCAGCUACAGGCAUGGCAAGAGGAGCUAUGAUAGCAGCAGGUAGUACAACCACACGACUGUUAGGAACAUUUCCUAGAGUGGAUUAUGUUUUCCUUGUUGGAGUAGGUGGUGGUGUUCCUCAUUAUAGAGAUUAUACUAAACAUGUUAGACUUGGUGAUGUUGUUAUAUCAUCUCCACCUGAUAGUCAGCAUUCAUAUGUAUAUCUUUACUGUGAAGCUUUAAAAAAUGCAUUUGAUGUCUCAGAAAAUGACUUUUUGUCACCUGAACAUUUUUCUAUUAAGACAUGGGGCCCACCAAGCCUUAAAUUGCAGAAUAUUGCUUAUAAUUUAUGGCGCAAAGGCUUGCAAGAUAUGAAUGACAGACCAUGGGAGUAUUUCAUUGAACAAGGCUUAAAGCAACUGACAGACAAAGAGUCAUCCUUUUGUCGUCCUUCAUCAGAAACAGAUAAACUUUACUACAUGUCUAAUACUGGUGAUGACUUAAUGGAAGUUGGACAUCCGCAGCCUACGGAAGGAACAUUUGAUCCUCGUAAGCCCAAUAUGCCUGUUCUUCACUUUGGAGGUGUUGGAUCUGGUAGAGUUUUAAUGCAAGAUGAUACUACUCGUUUGGCAUUUGCAGACCAUCAUGGCUUGAUGUCAUUUGACACUGGGUUUGGCUCUGUUGUUGAAUCCAUAUUCGGGAACAGAAAAGAUGAUUAUGUGUUUAUUCGAGGAAUUGCUGAUUACAAAGAUGGUACAAAGAAAAAAGAGUGGCAACCAUAUGCUGCUCUAGCUGCAGCAGCUGUUAUGAAGGCUAUCAUUUGCAAUUUAGACCCAUGAGAUUUUUUACUUUAUAUUUUGGCCAUCAUUUUGCUAGAAAUGCAAAAUGGAAUUCUUGGUUAAGAUGAAAUUAUGUGAAAUUUACUUUUUAUAAUAGGGUUUGAUAUUAUGAAACAAGCACUUUAAAUUUUCUCAUCAAAUACCUGUUUAUAUAAGGCUUUUAAUGUUACAAAAUAAUUAGUUUUUUUAUAGUUUAGCUCUUAUUCUUUUGCAAAAAUACUUUCAUUAUUAUUUAAGAAAUUUUUAAUUAGUUUUUAAUUAUAAGGGGUAAUAUCAGUGUAAUUAUUUAUAAAUAAUCUUUUUAAAAGCAAAGGUAAAACAACCAAAGAAGGAAAUUCAUAAUAAAAGAACAAUUAAUGAAAUUAGAUGAAUGAGAAAGAUUGCAAUUAUAGUGUUUUAAAAAAAUAGUAUUUCAUUUAAUUUUCUUAGUUGGCCAUAAGAUAUAUAACUUGAUCAUUAUUAGCAAUGAAUUUGAAGGAACUGAAUGAGAUUUUCCAAUUCUUGUUUAUUAGCAAAUUAAAAAAUUGUACCAUCUGAAAUAUUUUCAAAAAUUAUCUCAAUUAAAAUUAAUAAUUUGAAUCUUUACUUAAUAUGAAUAUUAUUCUCUUAUUAUUUUUGUCACACAAACUUAAAAAUAUUAAACUAUUAAUUCAAAUAACAGUAAAUUUUGUGUAGAAAAAAUAAUUUUUGUACGUGUCCUUGUUUUUACAUAUAAUGUAAGUCAUACUCAUUUAACAAUUAUAUUUUAUAAAUGUUUAUGUUGGCAGAGUAUUAUUUGAUAAAUAUGAAAUAAAUCUUUUCACUCCCCAAUGUGAAGUGACAUGAUAAGAAUUUUUUUAAGCCAUAAAGACCAUUACAGUAGUUUUGAACAACAGCCUAAUUUGUUGCACAGGAGUUAGCUUUCCCCUUUUUUGCUUGAUAAUAGUGUAGCAUCACAAAUCUACUGUCUUUUUUAUUUUGGAGAUAGAAGAGUGUUUUCAUUUUGCCUAUUUGCUGUUUUAAGAAGCAUUAAAUAAAAUUUGAUCAGUAAUAAUGGAAAAUAAAUAACUUAGAAUUAAUUAUUUCUGUAAUAACAAAAUGUAGAUAGUGUAUUAUUCCAAGGCUAUUUUAUGUUUGUAACUUUCAAGGUAUUAAUGCUGCAUGACCUGGCUGCAUAAAACUUCACACCAAAUUCAUGUGCAAUGCUUUUCCUUAUAAAUGUAUUCAAUAUUUUAUUCUGUGAAUUUUCACAUUUUAAUCUAAGCAGUUGAAAUCAAUUCUUUUAUAAGAAUGAUAAGGAAUGUUUGGAUUCUUUUUCUGUGUCUUCUAUUAUUUGUUUGACAUUUAGUUCCUAAAUAACAGUGCAAGAUUAAACGUUUGGGUACAUUUUUAGUUUAUGUAUAUUCUAAAUAGUUUUUCUUUAUGAUGUGUUACUAUUAUUAUUAUAGCUUUUGAUUACUUAUUAUAGUUUUAAUAUCUGGUGAGUAUUAUUAAUGCUACUAUUUUGUAUUUAUUUAUUUUUUGUCUCAUUAUAACCUAGUCAUACAAAAAUAAAUAAAAUCUAUGCAGUCAGUAUUUUUUGAGGAUUUUAUUUUAAUUCAGUUAUGUUUCCAAAAAUUUAUGUGAUCAUUUUGUUAUGCACUAUACAUAAAAAUCUUCCCACCUGUGCCUAUAUGUAUAAUGAAAGUAACUUAAUUUAUGAAUUUCAUUCAGUUUGCUGUUUUUUUUUUUUCUUCAGAAAGUAAUUUUAAAUCUCUUUUAGAAAGCAUACUCUGUUCAUUAUUUUAGCUUGUUCCUCAAUAUCAACUCCUUGAAAAGAAAAGAAAAAAAAAAAAAAAAAAAAAACUGCAGUUAAUAAGUAAGAUUCUAAAAGUUGUAUUUUGUUGAAAAGAGAUUGAAUAUAUAUUAAUGAGUUUCAAAAUGGAUAUUAAGUUGGCUACUAACAGAGUCUGAAAAUAGGUAUUAAGUUACCUUCUAAUAGAUAUAUUAAAUCAUCUGUGAUAUUGUGAUUCUCCUUAAAAUGUGAUUUUCUGGUACUUAAUUUUACUAGUGCCAUAUACAAAAGGGGAAAAAGCUGUUUAACUGUGUUCUUUGCCAAAUGAGUGUAUUCUAAUUGCAUUUUUGAAUUUGAAAUUAUUUUAUGAUUCUUGUGUGUAUUAUUUUUAUAAUAGGAGAUAUCAUUUGCUUGACUUAGGUGAUUUGUAUGUUUUGAGCUAUAGCCAAUGCUAAUUCUCUCUCAGUUCUUUUACGUACUUUCAUUAUUCGACUUACAUUUAUAUAAAAUAUAAGGAUAAUCUGAAACAUAAGAAAACUAAUAAUUAAAAGGAAGGAUGAAGGAAACUAUAAAUAGUUAUUUGAAACUGAAUAGUUUUCUUAUUAUUUCACCUAAAAGUGCUUUGAAGAUAACUGAAGUCGAGGUGUUAUUGAUUCUAUUAUUUUCAUUUGGGAAUUGAUGUAUAUAUGAAUUUGUUAAAAGUUUUUGUUAAUUAAUGGGAUAUUUACAUGAAUCUACAGAUGUAUCCAUGACAGUUCUCAUAUUUUGUCAAUAAUAGGUCUUAUUAAAAUUUUGCAAAUGUAAGAAAAUUUGGCACUUAAAAUAUAUUAAAUGUAUCUCUUUUGAUAAGCAUAUAUAUCUUAGAAAACAUAUAGCAGAGGUAUUGAAAAUUAAAUAUAAUCAAGAGAGAAAACAUUUCUUAAGGUAAUUUUAGAUAUUUAUUCUGAAAUAGUAACUACUAUUUGUAAUAACUGUUUCAGAAAUUGAAAAUAAAUUCUUUCCUGUUAUAUGCACAUAAGGUGAUUCAAAAGUCUAGAAACACAUUUCUGUGUUAUAAACCACUACAGUAAUUAGAAUUUAAUAAUAGAAAAAAGCAUUUGAUGGGAUGUAUGCUUAUGAUGGCUAUUAAUCUGAAACUUGUUUCUUAAAUCUUGCAAAAAAACUUUCAAAUAGAAAAGGGGACAUGUUAUAUGAUAAUUUAAGCUAGAACUUUUUCAAAAACUCAAAUGUGCUGUAAUUUUUUUAAUGCAUGUCUUUAUUUGUGACGAAAUGUGUAAUCUCUGAAAAUGAUGUAAGUGAUUUAUCAAUGUCUUAUUAUUUCUUCAUUCUAUAUGAUCCAGGAAUGAAUUAAUAACACUUUUAUGAAUAUCACAGGAAACUCUUCUGUUACUGUUGUUGAGUUUAACAGCCUUCAUUCCAUUUCUGCUAAUAGCUGUUAAAAUUAUCAAAGAACUGUAAGCAGUAGUCACGACAUAUAUCAUGUAGUAUUAUAAAAUGUACAUUUGUAUGUACAUAUUUUCAUAACAGUACAUGUAUGAUUUCAUGUACUGUUAUGAAAACUCUCAAUGCAGUACACAUCAUGUUGCCUAGGAAUGGAUGUUAAUUAGUGUUCAUAUAUAUAUAUAUAUAUAUAUAUAUAUAUAUAUAUCUAUAACAGAAUGACUGUUACAUACAAAUAAAUAGUAUACACAUAUGAUUCAAUAUAUGGAACUGCUAAGUUAUAAUGCCUUGAAAUAUAGUUAUGUUAUCUGUAUGAGUAGGCCAUGUGAAUUCUGUGUUUCCAUCCAGAUUCUACUUGAUAAAAUUUUCUUUCUUCAUGAAUGUAAAUUAACAAACAAUCCAUACAUUGGUAUGUUUUGAAUCCAUAACAGACAGAUCUCCGCUACCUUAUUACAGCAAAGUUUUGGAAUGGAGUUUUCUGUUCAUCAGACUAACAAUUUCCUUUCCUGAUCUCUCAGCCUUCAGUGAAGAAAUAACAGGCUGUUAGCAGUUCAUUUAUAUGAAUUCAUGGUAUAUAACCUUUUUUAGGAAAGAGGAUAGUAAAAACAUCUACUGAAUAUUUGUGCUUUUGAAAAAAUAAAUAUUAGCUUAAAUUCAUAUAGCACAUGCUCUAUUUCCAAUUUGAACAUUUGUAAAGCAAUAUUAAAGUGGAGGCCAUGAUGCUCGUACUCCGUACAAGUGUGAAUUCUUUUUGUCAAAAAGUGCAGUUAGCUUCAAUUCUUGGAAUUACUUACAAAAUAAGAAAGUUUUCUAGACUUUUUUUAUCAUCCUGAUUAUAUGUAUAGAUAAGAAAUUAUUCUCUCUCUCUAUAUAUGUAUAUAUAUAUAUGUGUGUGUGUCUACAUAUAGUUGCAAUUGAUAAGCCAAAAUUGAAGUGAACUAAAAUGAAUUUUCUUGAGAAAAGAAAGUUAUUUUUAGUAAUUCUAUAUUUUGAUUUUCACUUCAGUUUGUCAAAAACUUAUCAAAAUUCUACUAUGUAUCAUUAGAGCCACAAUAUACUGAAUAUCAUAUACCUUCUGUAUGUAAUGAAUUUAUGCAAAAUUAACUAAAAUAUUUUAUCAGUAUAAAAAUAUUUAACAAAAUGAAAAUGGUGCUUAAAUCAGUAGCUUUCUUAUAACCAUAAGUAAUAUUAUUUAUGUAAAAAUCAAAUUUUAUUGUACUGUUUUCUCUCUUUGAUAACUUACUGAUGUUUUAGAAUUGUUAGAAAUUUUAUGUCUCUAUUGGCAUUAAAGUUAAAAUAUAUAGAUAUAUAUAUAUGUAAAUAUGUUAAUAAUUUAAAAUUCACCUAGAUGUGAGCAUUUGCUCUACUUAUAUAUGAAUCAAAAUAGUUUUUAUUAAAUUUUAAUGAAGUCUUUUUUUAAUAAAAUUCAAAAGGAAUUUUUUGAGGAAAUUGCAACUAUAAAUUUAAAAUACAUUAACUUCAUUAUUUUAAACAUUAAACAAUACUCUGAUGUAAGAUGUAUCUAAUACUAUUAUUUUACCGAGUUCUGAAGGCUAUUAAAAUAAAGUAUUGAGAAAUGAGCUAUUAAAAACAUAAUUUAGAAAAUUAUCUGCAUCAUGUAUGAAAUAUGUAUUUAUUUAUUAGUGUAACUUUUAUUUAUAUGUAUAAAAUACUUAUUUCAGAGUAGAUGUACUCUUUCAGUAUAUAUCUAUAUACUGAAAGAGUACAUCUACUCUGAAAUAAGUAUUUAUUAUCUGAAAUAAGUAUUCUUUCAGCAUAUAUCUAUAUACUGAAAGAGUAUAUAAAUAUAGAAGAAAGAAGGCUGAAAGAGUAUAUCUAUAUACUGAAAGAGUAUAUACUAUAUAAUUUGCAAUGUCUCCAUUUACAGUUUUCUUAUUACAUAUAAGAUUAUUUUAAUUUCAUGAAUUUCGUGAACAUUAAUAAAAUAUUACACAUGGUGAAUUCAAAAUAAGCAAUUUUAAUUUUUUUUUAUAUCAUCUGAUAAAAGUCGGGGAGAAGUUUUUAGAUUUUUUUUUACUUUGAAUUUAAAUUAUGUGGGCUGAAAUUUAAUAUUUAUUAGCUGUCAUAAUUUAAUGCCGGCAAUAAAUUGAAUUGUUUGUUUUUAACCGUUAAGGGACCACAGGAAAGGUUUAGGUAAUUCAUUCAGUGUUAUACACUAAAAGUGUCUCCCUUCUUAAAAACUAUGUGAGUUAUGUAUUAUCAGUGUGUGGAAUUUGUUUUAUUUUUUACCACCAAAUAAUUCAACUUUAUAAGGUUGAUAAUAUACCAUAUUCAUAAGUUUGUACGUUUUUAAAUUAGUGCUGUGGAAGCAUACUUCUUUAAGUGAGUAUUUUAAACUUUAGAAUGCCUAUAUAAAAGAACUAUACCAGGUAACUUUAGAUUUUUAAGUUGCUUUAAUUUAAUUCUUUUAAUUGCUGAAUUUUUGCACCAAUUAAAACAUUGAUAGUUUCUUGUUUCAUCUUGACAUUUUAGAACUCUUCACAUGUUCCUAUAUAGAAAUUUACCAAUUGUGUUUAUGGACUGUUUUAUACGUGCAAUAUAUGUUAAUGAUUAAGCUUUUCCUUUAGAUUAUGCUGUUGUUUCUAAAGUAGAUAACUGUUUAAGCCAUAAUUGGAGAUUUAUUUACAUUAUUUAAUAUUCUUUAGCUUUAUUUUUGUAAUCCUUUAGUAGCUAGUCUGUUAUAGCUUUAUUCUAAAAUCAUUAUUUUAGUCAUAUAUGUAAUUGUCCAAAACUUGUCUAGUGGCAUAUUUAAGGUUAUAAGCUUUAUUUAGAAUUAGAAUGCUUGUAUGAAACAUUUUCCAUUUAUUAAUUUUUUCAUACUAGUGCUUAAAAUAUUUUUGAAUGGCUUUAUAUACUAUUUAGAAGAAUAAUUAUUUACAUUCUGAUGUAUAAAAGUAUCUCUUAUGGAAUAAAUUGAAAUUAACUAUUUUUGUCUUUAAUGUUUGUGAAUUUGUUAUUUCAACUUUGUUCUCUUUCGAUAUAUAUUUGAAACAAACAUAUCUUUUUCAUUUGAUAUUUUGUAGUAAGAAGUCAAGAUCCUUGAAUGAAAAUGUGCAUUUUUAUGUCCUUUAUAUUUUAAAUAACUCUAAUCCAGAAAAUAUUAAGAAAAACAUCUUCUUUUAUGUAAGCCAAAAAUGUACUAUUCCAUGUAAAAGUUUCUGGGUUUAAGGUUCGAGUGAUAUUUUUGUGUUAAAUAAUUUCAGUUUGUUCUCUUUUUCCUAUUAGAUAUAUGAAAGAGAUCUAUUCUAAACCGUAAUGUAGGUGCAUUUAAAUUUUACCAAAGAGUGUCAUUUACAUAUUUUGCACAUCAUUGUGCAUACAUUCAUUUGCAUGUCUUAAACACUUUUACUUAUAUAGUGAAAUGAUUAUUAUAAAAUUUUAUAAAGAAAAAUGUAAUUUUAAUUUUGAUUUUUGCCCUCAUUGUGUGUAACAGUUUAAAUGUUUUCUUAAGUUGUUAAUGAAUUAUAGCCCAUAAGAAAUUAUCAUUAACUAUUUCUUAUUUUAAAAGAAGUAUUUAAUGGAUCCCCGCUCAUAAUUUAACAAACUUAUUGCUACUUAAAACAAUUUCCUUUGCUGUAAAUGAGCUGAAGAUUUUGUAGAAAUUAUUUAUAUAAAAUUUGUAUAUAUUGUUUUAAUAUUUAUUUCUAGUUUUUUGCUCAUAUUUAAGUUAUUUAUGGUAAUUGGUUUUUAUAGAAAGCAUAUGGUUUAACUUUGCUAUGUAUAAAAUAUAUGAUAAUUUCAUAUUUGUUUUGUUCGGUUAUUUAUAUAAAUCUUGAUUAAUGCAACUUGUUAAUUUUAGUAUAAGUUAGAAAGAAACAUUUAAGGAUUUUUCUUGGUUGCUGCAAUAAAGAUCAUUAACCAUUAGAGUGUGUAUUUACAUUUGUUAUACUAAAUAUCUUUAAAUGUUGUUUCUAAUCUUGCAGUUGUAAAAGUUUUUGUGUAUAUAUAUAUAAUAUAAGCAAUUAGCAAUAAACAAUAUUUUUCCUUUCUUAGAAAAAGAUGUUGAAUAAUUGUUUAUGAUCUUACAAUGUAUUAUAAAUUCAACAUAAAAUUCUAUAGCGUUAAAUGCACAAGAAAUUAUAGAUUAUGGUAACUUUAUUAAUGGAAUUUUAAAAGUAUUGAAACAGUGUAUCUGUCAUUUGAAAAAAAAAAAAAAAGUGCAAUUUAAUAAUAUUUAGAUUCUAUUUGUUAUUUAUUCUGGGUUAGAUUUUAUAAAUUUAAAUUAUUACAAGAAUUCAGGGAUUUUCUAUAAAUGUGAACAACUUUUACGUAAAUCAAACGUUUUUAUUCUUCAAAUAAGAUACCAUAAAUGUGAACCAAGUUAUUUAUGCAAAAUGAUUGGAUUUUUUGUGGUAACUUGAACACAUUUUAAAGACGAUUCAAGUGAUCGUUCCACUUUCUCUUCUGCAUCAUGUUAUCUGAUAUGAAAUAUCCUAUGUAUUUUAUACAUAUAUUUAUUCUUAAAAGUGCUUUUGAGAAUUCUUGUAUAAAAAUGCCAUUUUUGCUGAUAUAUGAUUUUAUACUUUUCCAUUUUAUAAACAUACAAAAUAUGAGCAUAUAUAAAUGAUCAAUUUUUUAAGCCAUGUGGUGCCACAAUUUCGUGUAUGUUUAAUAUGCAAAGCAUUAACUUUUCAAGAACUGUGUUUUGCAAUUGUCUUGAAAAUUAAUACGAAACUGUAUUUUAAAAUUUUAUUCAUUCAGUUUGUUAUAUAAUGUAUCAGUUGGAUAUAUUGUAAGAAUCAGAAUAUUUUAUCCUUUACAUACUACUUUUGCUUAUAAUUUUUAAAGCACCCAUUAAUGUAGCAAAAAUAUUUAUCAAAAAGAGAAUAUUUUGUUCCUUUUGUACAUAAAUCAGUAAAACAUUAAUUUAAGUAGGAGAAACUCUGUUAUAUAACUUUGAUAAAAUUAGCAGCAAGUGAACUGGUUAUGUUAGAUUAAAAACUGUCUAAUGUGUGUGCUUAGCAAUAAAGUUAGAUUAUUAUGAAAUUUUCCUUGCUGUAUGUGUAACCAUAUGUAAUGAGAAAAUUUAUUCUUUAUUGAUGAAAAUAUUAUGAUGAUAUAUCUAUUUGGUUUAGAAUUGUUCUUCAGUGUGAGCUUUUUACUUUUAUAGUUACUGUAAUUUUUGCAUUAGUUUUAUUUGAAAAGGGCAUGCACUUUAUGAAUAAGGCUGUUAGCAUGUAAAACAUGCCAUUAGCAUAUAAUUGCUGACAGAUCCAAGCCCGAAGAUGGUGUUUUAACUUAGUUUUAUGUAACUGCUUAAUUGUAAUUUUUAUUUUCCAGAUGUUUUGUUAUAUAAAUUCUCAAAUAAGUGAACAUUUGUGUAUGAAAAAGUAAAAUAUAUUAUUUUCUAACGUAGAUUAAGAAAAUAGGAUCUUGUUUUUAAGGAAAGAUUAUAUAUAAUAAUGAAAGACAAUCAUGAUAAAAAUUAAGAUGUAUUAAACUGUAAAUUCUGGUUAUAGUUCUCUUCUAAAUCUUGUUUAAUGUGUGUUUGAUCAAUACUUACACUUUAUCAUGUUCGAAUCUGUGCAGGUCUUCCUAAGUCAGUGAGCAGAGUGAAUGCCAAACUUAUUCUAAAUAUAUAUAUAUAUGCAUAUAGAGAUCAAAAGUAUGUAUUUAUUCAUUGAAUUUUUCAUGGUAUACUAAUUGGUUACUAGUGGUUAAUAACCAGUGUUUAACACUGUGAGUGCAUGGGCCAUUUAGAAAAAUUGAAGUCAUCAAGUACUAAAGUGGUAUAUUAUCACAAAAAUGUUAAAAUUAUUAGUUUUGUGCAUUUUUUAUUCAUGUAAAAAACAAGAGGAAAUUAAAUUCUUUUUUAAUUUCUUAAUAAUUUUUAAAAAAUGAAUAUUUAAGAUUUUGAAUAGUGUUUGGAUAUUGCAUGUUUUGAAAAAAAUUUUACUUGCUUAUCAAAGAAAAGAAAGUUUGUAUUAAUUUCAAAUUGUCUUUUGAAUGUUGAAAAUUUAACAUGUCGUAAGAAUAUAAGUUUCAUAAGUGAAAGUUUCCUCCCCCCUCCCUCACCAGCUUUUUUAAUACAAGAAAUAAAUCAAAGUGUUUUGGUGGAUUCAUUUGAAAAUGCAGUCCCUCCUAUAGCAAUUAUAUUAUCGUAUUGCUUAUAAAGAGGUGCAUUUCCCAAAACAUUCUAGUUUCAAAUUCGAAGUUUAAGAUUAUAGCAAUAGAAAUUUCUUGAGUAUAUUAAUUGUAUCAUUAUUAUUUUUCAUAAAAAUUGUACUACUUCAUGAUUCACCAUUUAGCUGAAAUUUAUUGGCUGUUUGUUGAUAUAUUAUUUGUUCUUCCUUUUUGGCAGAGAAGGAUGAUAAGCCAUUUGUUUCUUUUUUUCACCCACUUUUAUUUUUUUAGAUUUAAAUCUAAAAGUAUGGUAAUGACAAUAAUACAAGAUUUUUGUCAUCUGAUUUCUAGCAUUUUCCUAGAACCAUGAAUACACUAGUACCAGUGUUCUUAAAAAGCCCACAGAUUUCUUAAUGUUUUUUUUUAUUUAUUGUGAAAUGGAAGAGUGCUUCAGCCCCCCACCUCUAUACUGUACCUGAAAAAGAAAGAAGAAUUCAUUGGGAAAAAUAUCGGAUUUUAUUACUAUUAUUACUUCAGUUCUAAAUUUUAAAUUAUAUUAAUUUUUAUCGUUUGCUUUUUUUAUAUUCUUGUUCGACCAAAUGGUCUUUGUUUUCACUUUGCUGUAGAAAAAGUUUCAUGUGGUGAUAAAUAUACUCACCCUUCCCUAGAUAUUGUGUUGUUUUCAGAAUAUUGGUUCUAGAUUUCAUACAUUAUUUUGUGUUAAUUUGUUAAAAGAGAAAUAUUGGUAUUUUUAUUUAAAUGAUUCUUUUUUCUUGUCAAAUGGAUUUAUGAAUUAGAAAAAAGCAUACAUAGUUAUAUACUUUUGUGCUAUUCUUACUUUUCUCAUUUAUGUUACAUCCACUGAGUCAAAUCCACUGAGUGAUAGGAUAUAUUUAAAUCACGAUCAUAGAAUUGAAAACUAGUUCAUUUCCAGUUGUAUGUCAGUUUUUAAUUUUUUUUUUUUUUUUUUUUUUUUCCCUGAGCAGUUUUGAAAUAGAUGAACAAAGUUUGUAAUAAGCUAGCUAAGAUUUUAACAUUUUAAAAACUACUUAAGCCUGUACUUAAAAUGCAUUUUUAUUGUAAGAGCAUUCUCAGUUGAACAUGUGAUUGCUCUGAAAAAAUAUGAACCAAGUUGUAUGCUUUUGUGGAGAAUUUUAAUAUCAUUCAUACGCACAUGUCAUUUGUUUGAACAAAAUACAGUUUUAAUAGUUUUGUGCUAUAACAUAUUUUCAUGCUGAUUAAAAAAGAAUAUUUGUAUGUAGUUUUGACAAUUUCCACUUCCAUCUGUACCUGUUUUAGCUUGAUUGCAUAGACAAACUAGCAAUGUAGUAUCAUCUUAUAUUACAUCUGCAAUAUUGUGAUAAGCAUUUAAAAUUCUUAACUGUUUUUGCCUUCCAACUGUUGUCAAAAUUGCUUACCGACAUGUGUUAGGAAGAUAAAUGUCAGGAUACUACAUUUUAGUAACUUGUUAAAAAUAAAAAUAUGUUACUGUUUGGAGUAUCAUUAUGAAAAUAUAAAUUUAUCAAAAAUUGUUACACUUUCAUGUUGUUUAACAUAAGAAAAAUUUUUAUUGUAUGUUUGUUCUAACCAAAUAAUAAAAAAUAUAUGUAGAUA